CAAUCUCUUCAAAACAUGUUGGGAAACCUAACGCGUUAGAUUUCAAUAUUACAAUUUCUAGUUAAUUCAAUAAAAAUUUAAUUUGAAUUUCUUUCUGAAUUAAUUAAACACUUGCGUGAAAAUGGCGAGCAGCGAUAAAUCUGGAAUACUUUAUCUUUUCGAUCGUCCUGCCGAACCCGUUUACGUACCCAAAGGAGAAAAACGGGUGGCUUUUGACAUACCAGCUGAUUAUUUGCCUGAUCAAUAUCGUCCAGCAGCCGUUGACAUAUUCAAUAGAUUCGGUGAGACAACCGAUACUAAAAUACCUGUGAAACAGAUUAGUUUACCUGAUCUAACUAUUCCCAUGCAACUUGACCGUAGGGCACCGUUCUCAUUAUUCAUACCUGCUCAUCGUAAAGUAGCUGCACGUCUAAUUGACAUAUUCAUGGGUAUGAGAACCUACGAAGAUUUCUUAUCGGUAGCGGUUUAUUGUCGUGAUCGAAUGAAUCCGAACAUGUUUAUUUAUGCACUGUCAGUUGCAAUAUUGCAUCGUCCGGAUACUAAAAAUUUACCGAUUCCACCUUUACACGAAGUUUUUCCUGAUAAAUAUAUCGAUGGUGGUAUUUUUUCACGUGCCAGAGAAGAAGCCAACGUUUCAUCUGCUGGUCAGAGGAUUCCCAUUGAAAUUCCAAGGGAUUUCACCGCUUCCGAUCUUGACGAGGAGCACAGAGUUGCUUACUGGAGAGAAGAUAUCGGGGUCAAUCUUCAUCACUGGCAUUGGCAUCUGGUUUAUCCGUUCGAGGGCGACAUGAAAAUCGUUAACAAGGAUCGACGUGGGGAGCUCUUCUACUACAUGCAUCAGCAGAUCCAAGCCAGAUAUAAUUGCGAACGUUUGUGCAAUCGAUUGGGACGCGUAACUAGAUUGAUUAACUGGCGAGAACCGAUUCCUGAAGGAUACUUCCCAAAAUUGGAUUCAUUGACUGCGAAUCGUAACUGGCCGUCUCGACCAAGCGGUGCCAUUCUUCGUGAUAUCAACAGGCAGGCCGAUCAAUUGGAUUUUGAUAUUCAAGAUUUGGAAAGAUGGCGAGAUCGCAUUUACGAAGCUAUUCAUACAAGAAUGAUAACCAAUAUCAAUGGCGAAAGAAUACCGCUUACCGAAAAAGGAGGCAUCGAUGUACUUGGAAAUAUCAUGGAAUCUAGCAUUCUAUCACCCAAUGUGAAUCUUUAUGGCGAUCUUCAUAAUCUCGGUCAUGUAUUAAUUUCAUUCGUUCACGAUCCUGACAAUCGUUAUUUGGAAUCUUUUAGCAUCAUGGGUGAACCUGCUACAGCUAUGAGGGACCCAGUGUUUUAUAGAUUCCAUGCAUUCUGCGAUGAUGUAUUCCAAGAACAUAAAAAUACUUUACCCGAGUACAGCGUACAACAACUCGAUUUUCCAGGAGUAGAGAUAAACGAUAUUCGAGUGACUACUGCGAAUCAACCCCCAAAUAAUUUAGCCACCUUCUGGAACAAGAGCGACAUCGAUUUAUCUCGUGGUCUCGAUUUCACUCCACGUGGACCAGUCCUCGUCAGAUUCACUCAUCUCAAUCAUUCUGAUUUCACUUAUAUGAUCAUAGCAAAUAAUCGUAAUAAUUCACCUAAAAGAGGUACCGUACGCAUAUUCAUGGCACCUAAAGAAGACGAACGUGGAUUACCAUUUACAUUCAGACAACAGAAGAAUCUCAUGAUUGAAAUGGAUAAAUUCACCAUUUUGUUACGUCCUGGACAGAAUACAAUUCAACGUAGUUCAACCGAAUCCUCGCUAACUAUUCCCUUCGAAAGAACCUUCCGAAACGUUGAUGAGAAUAGACCAAUCGGUGGUGAUAGUCUGGAACAGUUCAACUUCUGCGGUUGUGGCUGGCCCCAACAUUUGCUUCUACCAAAAGGAAACAAAGAAGGAUUCCGGAUGGAUCUUUUUAUCAUGAUUUCCGAUUACACUGGCGAUGCGGUGGAACAGGAAGAAUCAACGGGUUGCAAGGAUGCCACGAGUUUCUGCGGAUUGAGGGACCGCAAAUAUCCGGACGCACGUUCCAUGGGUUAUCCCUUCGAUCGCCAACCACGUGCUGGGGUUGAUAAUUUGGCACAAUUCCUCACCGGCAAUAUGGCGGUCACUACGGUAACCAUCAGAUUUACCGAUUCUGUCGUACCACGGAACAGAUCUGGAAGCUUCAGUAACACCUUGACCUUUGCUUAAACAAUUCGACUUUUUUCUCCCUGGACACAUUCCUUUUUUUUUUUUUCUUAAUAUUUAAUCGUUUAAUAUCGUUAAUGGCUUUGGACGGGAAUACUCGUAAUUUCGGGAUGUGAUCAAAAAUUAGCCUAAAGGAAGAACCGAAAUUUUGUUUUUUUUUUCUUUAGACAAUAUCGAAUGGAAACAAAAAUAUUGAAAAAAAAUGUCGAAGAAAGAUAGUUUUGAUUAUCUUACUUGAUGGUUAACCCCUUUUCUCUUUCCUAUAGUAUUCAUAAAUAAAAGAAAUAUUUUUACACGAAGAUCGAUUGAACAAUUUUGUUUUGUUUUGUUUUUUUAUCUUUUCUUUUUUUCCUAAAUAAACGUGAUGUUUGACGGAAAUUAAACGAUAUUUUUCUAUAAGGGGUUUCAAAACUUUCCAACUUGCCAACGUAUUCGAUUUAAAAAUCUUUGAUCGAUAGAAGAAUAGAGGAUAUAUUUCUAUUAUAUCUAGGAUUUAUUUUUCUAAGGAAAGAGAACAUUUGAAAAGGUUCACGGUUGGCAAGGUAAAAAAAGAAAAAAAAAA